AUGACCGGCGGAGACUGGAUUCAAUCGGCUAUGAGCGAUGAUUCGUUAGUGGCGGAGGCUCUGAUCUGCCUCCACCAUUCCGACCCGCCGCCGCCACCUCCGGAGAAAAUCGUUGGUGUGUCGGAUCUCAAGCUGCAGUGGAGCGUCCGUGGUCGGAGGAGCAAAUCGUCUUCGUCUUCGUCGAGGAAGAAAGGAGAUCAUACACGUGCUAGUCCCACAACGCCUCUUUCAUGGAGCGGCGCCACCUCUUUAAGCGGCGCCGUUGAUGGAUUUGAGGAGUCAAGCGUCGUCGACGUGAAACUGUCAGAGGCCGUUAGAUCUAAGAUAUCUCAAACAAGUGUAAUAACAACCCCUUUCAAGAGAUCAAGAAAGAAGAAGACGCUUGCUGAGCUCAAAGAAGAGGAGAGUUUCCUCUUAAAGGAAAAGAAAGGCCUCAAAAAUGAACUCGCAAGUAUGCGGGAUAUGCUCAAGCAGCAAAGAGCAAGAAACGAGUCUUUAAAGAAAAUGCAGGCUGAAUCACAAAAGAAGAAUGAUUCCUCCUUCUUGCUCCCUGACCUUAACAUUCCACUUGAUAACAACCCGAUCAGCCCUGAAUUUAUCUAUGGAACCAGCUGA